AUGGAUUUCGACGCCUUGCGCGCUCAGACUCUCCGGUCUGGUGCCGACGAGGAGGCUGUCACCGUCAAUACUCGCGCACUGAUAGACAAGGUUUUGGCCAGAUACUCUGGAGAGUGGACAGUCCUCAGAGAACUCUUGCAGAACGCUGCCGAUGCCUCAGCCACCAAGAUCACGAUCAAGUUCGAGACCCUGCCCUCCUCAACGGUCCCUCUACCCACCGACUCUUCACCUUCCAGUUUGUUGAAGCAUACCGUGCAGAACCAUACUCUGAAAAGACUGGUGGUUACAAACAAUGGUCUACCAUUCAGCGAGAAUGAUUGGAACCGCCUGAAGAGAAUAGCAGAGGGCAACCCGGACGAAACCAAGAUCGGAGCCUUUGGGGUGGGCUUCUACUCUACAUUUGCAGACUGCGAGAACCCGUUCGUAUCAUCGGGCAAAGAGGCGAUGGCUUUCUUCUGGAAAAAUAACUCACUGUUCACAAGACGACUACAGCUGCCAGACUCGGAGAAAAGUGGCGACACAAACUUCGUCCUGGACUAUCGCGACACUACGUCUCCUGUACCGCCACUAUUACCUCUGGCACAGUUCCUGGCGAACAGUCUGACUUUUGUGGGACUGGAACACAUUGAGCUUUGGAUAGACAACUGGAACAUACUGUCUCUGACAAAGAAGACGUCACCGAGCUACGAUAUUGCAAUACCUCGCGAUAUUGAGCCUAAGACGAGGGAGGGCUUCAUGAAGGUGGCUAAGGUCUGCAAAGAGAUAGCGCAGAUCGAUGGGCAAUGGAUGGGUAUUAUCGGAUGGAAAGUGGCCAAGGAUUCGACUCGAACAGCAGAUCGAGAUUCGGCGCCGUCUUUUCGAAAGUUCUUCUCGCGGUUAGCCGGAGCUAUUGCAGAAGAACAACAGCCCGAGUCUCGCCCGGAAACGCCCAGCCAUACUGAAGUUUUAGCCUCAAAGGUAUCAGCUACAGUCUUCUUAAAUGUCAACACCGCAACCAUAAAGACAUUUACCGGUCAAAAGUUCAACGAGGAGCUCGAACGAGCCACAAAGAAGCCACCACCAAAAUUCACCAAACUUGCCAUUCUGACAGCACCGUACAUCCCCGAUGAGAGUCUCACCAAGGCAUCAGCAGCUGGAGACGUCUUUGGCACCGUAUUACCCAGCAGAGGAGGCAAGAUCUUCAUCGGGUUCCCCACCCAUCAGACGACUGGCCUGAGUGCUCACAUUUCGGCACCAUCAGUGAUUCCGACAGUUGAACGAGAGUCCAUCGAUUUGAACGCGAGAUAUGUGAGAACCUGGAACAUGGAAAUGCUCAGGGUAGCUGGCAUUGUUUGCAGAAUUGCCUGGUCUUGCGAAAUGCACGAGAUCAAGGAAAAGACAAUGCGAGAGGCAAAUGGUAGAUCCAAGAUCCGGUUAGAAGAAGUGAGUCCGUUUUUGGACGAGGCGAUCACGAUCUUCAAAAAUUUCACCUUUCGAGACUCGACACCGUCAGGACAGAUUGGUCAGCUGCUGGAAGAUGCGUUUUGGACGUGCAGUAAACAAGCGUCGAUCAAAGUUGUUUCAACUUGCGGUGUUCUGCCUACCCAUGAUGUGCGUGUUGCUCCCAAGGACAUGAGUUUCAUGGAAGGCAUUCCGACAUUACCAGAGAAACUAGCUACGGAAGCGAAAGUACUUGUCAGCAAGCUUAUCGACUUUGGUCUCAUCACCGAAGUCACUGUCUCAGACAUCAAGACCGCCCUCGAAUCCAGUCCAUUGACUGCCGUGCAAGUAUCGGAAUUCCUCUCAUGGCUCACGAAGCAAGCUUCGCGAGGACAGCUGGACUCAAAUACUAUCAAGAGCCUAUUGUCCGUCGCCGUGGUCAAUAACGACGAUGAUGCUGGAGGUAGAAGUCCAUUCCUUCAACUCGGAGAAAUGAAGCAUUUCCUGAAUCCAAGCAGAACACCUGUUCAUCUCCCGUUGCCACCCACUGUAAUGCCCCACAAGUUCACUAAAAGCAUGAGCAAGGACGAACUGGAGAGCCUUGGAUGGGAAGAGUUGCAACUUGUGCCUUGGAUGAGGUGGCUUGUGGCCCAAUCGGGAAACCGACAAGUAUUGACUGAGGCCCAAGACAUCACAACGUCAGCAGAUUUCAGCUCUCAAGUACUGCCCCUUCUUUCAAAACACUGGGACUCAUUGAGCCAAUCCUCCAAAACAUCUCUUGUAGAGCUGCUGGCAAAACAUACCGUCAUCCCUACGAAAUUCGGCAUGAAGAAGCCUGGCGACUCUUACUUUCCCAAUGUGAAACUGUUUGACGAUCUUCCUACUAUCCAAAAAUUGCCCAACGUCAAGGAGAAACUCUUGGUAGCGCUGGGUGUCAGAAAGACCGUAGAACUCGGUGUUGUUUUCGAGCGACUCCUUUCGAUGGACCCCAAAUCAGCAAAGAGCGAGAAUACUAAACAACCACCAUGGAGCCAUAUUGACCUUAUUAGCUACCUUGCCUCUGUGCGGGAUGAUAUUCCCAAGGCGGACAUUCAGCGGCUUCGAACCACUCCAAUUUGUCCUAAGCAUGCCCGGGACAACGACGCAGAAGAACAUAUUAAGCGGUAUAGAAUCUCUGAUUUGUUCGAGCCGCGUGUUGAACUUCGAGAGCUGGGACUUCCAACACUAGCCUGGCAGGGCGUGUACCGGAGUAAUAGUCUAGAAGGCAAAUUCUUAAGCUCUCUGGGUCUCCGUACUACACCGUCCGUCGAAGAACUGGUUGCAAUCAUGGCCGCCGCUGGGAAAAUGGAUUCGCAGAAUUUAGACCUGCGAGAUAGAGCCCUGGCAUAUUUCCUCUCACACCACCAUGCUCACGGAUAUGGCGCAUACAACUAUUUGAGCAUUACAUCGCCAUUUCUGCCCUUGGAGAACAAGCCUAAUAAUCUUGCCACUCCUUCGCAGUGUUUCGCAAACCCAGAUGCGGCUCGUCUCGGGUUUGACGUACUGAAGCGAGACUGGAUACCACAUGCUUCAAAGUUCGGCAUCAGGCUCAACCCUCCAAUGGAUAUUUGUAUCAACGUAUUAGCAAAGCAGCCUCCGACAAAUUAUAGCGAUGCACGGUCUAUCUUCAAAUAUUUCGCCGGACGACUUGGCGAACUCGAUGGGAAUCAUAUUGCAAGGCUUCAAGACCUGCAGUUUGUUCCAGUGUUCGCGAAGAAUAGAGAACAUUCGGCACCGAAAACGCAUGCUUCACCGCGAAGCGUUUUCCUGGGUGAGAGUGAUGUUUUCAGCGAAAUAUUCAACUAUGUUGAUUUUGGCGACGAAGCGAAUUCGUUUCUUGUGAGAUGUCAUUCCAAAUUGGAACCGACAAAGGUCGAGAUUGCUCAGAUCCUGGUCAAAGAACCUGCUCGUAUCUCGGCCACGUUCCGCAACGUCGAGAAAUACUUGGCGUUAUUGCGCAGCAUGGCAGACAGCAGCAAAGACCUUAAAAAAAACAGAGAUCUUUGGGCAGAAAUGAAGCGGGCACCGUUCCUGCUUGCAAGCAAAGAGCUCCCCGUGUCGCAGCCUAGCGAGAAGAAACCAAGCAUUGGAUUGGACGACGCCGAGCCCCUGGACGAGGAAGAAGCACAAGGAAUUCGUGAAUUCCAAUUGUGCAGUGCUCAAGAUGCUAUCAUCAUUGACGAUUACCUCAACUACAAUCUUUUCAAGACCAAUAUCUUGGCCGCACCACAAGAGGAAAGCUUAGAAGACUUCUACUACAUGUUAGGAUCUCCCUUGCUGAGCUCUCUGGUUGAAGAAGCUGCCCGUCAUGGUCCUCGAGCACCGGAUCAAAAGUCUGCGGAGAAAUUGCAGAAAUUGAUCCUCGAGAGAUCAACCUUAUUCCUGCACGAGCAGCCGCGUGAAACUAUCAAGCAUGAUGCAAGAUGGUUGGAGAAGAACCUGUCCGUCCAACUAGUCUCUUCAAUUUCGUUGAGAAGAUCUCUCAAAGGUCGUAAUAUAAGCCACACUGAGAAGCGCACUGCUGUUAUUACCCUCGUUGACCGCCAAUACACACUGUGGAUUACAGGUGCCAAACCGGACCUGUACCAAGUGAGUCAAGCCCUGGUGCACAUCUUGCUCAACAGGCCGAAGCUUCAUAUGGCGAUUACCUUGGAGAUGUUGUUGAGGACAGAACUUCUGGAACUGCGCGCUCGCGGAUUUAAUGUCAACCGAAUAUUGAAGCAAAAGGCAGCCGAACAACGCCUUGCCGAAAGCAGGAGACAGCGAGAACUCGAGGAGCAACAAAAACGUAUUGAGGAGGAGGAAAAGGCGUGGCGAGCGUCGCAAGAACGAGCUACACACGAGGAGUCACAGCGAAAGCAGCUGCCAGGUGGUUUCCCCGAUUCGCCUGAUUCCAGAAGUCUCACCCACAACCCCGAAGUUGCCACGCAUACGCUUUCCACGGACGACAGUCAGCGAAGACACGGUCGCAACCUCUUCUCCAACCUGUCCAGGCAGCUGGGACUCAGCAAUAACCGACACAUUCAAUCCAUGCUGGGUCAAGAUGCAAACGAGGACCCCCGGGCAGUCGCUGGCAGUGAUGGUGUCCGUGAGCCACCUCCACCGUAUCACUAUGACCAGAGAGGCGGCCAGGCUGGUCCUCAGCAGUCCAUCACAGCACCACAUCAACUGCGGGAGAAUCUGCUCAAUGCCGUCAAGAAAUCACGUGCACACAGUUCUUCGGAUAUCUUCAGCCCAGGGGAGACCAACGUCCUCACUGAAAAGAAGUCAUACUGCGACGAACGUCCUGCCCACGAUCUCACUUUUGUUGCUGACAUCAAGCACGGUAUCCAGAUGUACCUGUCUCCUUCGAGUGUGGAUAAUUCGUCGGCCUUUCUCCAACGACAUUCGACAGGAUUGACAGCAUUUGCAAAUUUACUCAAAGGAGUCGCAGAAGUGUUCAGUCUUGAUCCACGCACAAUUAACAUCUUCUUCGAACCUUCUGGCAAGACCAUCGGUUUCAACCGUAAUGGGAGCAUUUUCUGCAACUAUCGAUACUAUUGUGAUUUGCAUGAAAAGAGUGCUGUUGCAGUAGGUGCGGACGGGUACGCUGAGGCGUUUGUGUAUUGGUGGGUCACCCUCUGUCACGAGUUGGCGCAUAACUUGGUUGGUGAUCACAGCUCCGAACACAGCUAUUACACCGAGGGUUUUGUUGCGCAAUACUUUGGGCGGGUUGUAGGUGCUAUUGCCCAGCAACAAGCGCAGUCAGCGAGUUCUGGUCCAGCUUCUGGUCCAGCUUCUGGCCCGGCUUCUGGCCCCCUGGUUGAGAUAUGA